AUGACCGGUGAGACUUCGACAGUGCCAGCAGUCAGGGCUGUAGCCACCACAGCGGCCGUUGAUGAAAAGUCGAAGUUUGUUGUACCCGAUUGGGCUAGUCGACCACCACCUGGGUCACAUUUGGAUGUCUGCAAAGGAGACCAAUUGAUACAGAAGUUGAUGGUAGACGAGAAGCGGGCGUAUUACUUUGGUCGAAAUCCGAAACAAGUCGAUUUUGCCGUUGAGCAUGCAUCAUGCUCUAGGGUACACGCUUUGUUGCUCUAUCAUGGAGUAUUGAACCGAUUCGCUCUGGUUGACAUGGAAAGCAUUAAAAAUCAAUUUGUUCUCGUUUAUCGCUUGCGGCAGGCAUCUAGUCUUUUCGUGGACCAUGGUAAUUUUUUGAACAUCUCAGACUGUAAACGUUGCUUAAUUAAAUAUUCUUGUAAUGUGACUGAAUACAACACGGCAUUGAAUCGGCGAAUCCCACAGCUGCCAAUAUCAGUUGAAGAGGCUCGACGAAAAAAACGGCCUCGUGGAAAUGUGGCAUUCAUCGAGCAGGAGGAGAUCAUUAACCCAGAAGACGUUGACCCGAGCAUUGGACGUUUCCGAAAUCUCGUCGCUACUGCGAUUAUCUCAAACAAUCCUGCCAAACGUACUGCACCUGAAGUAAAAGGGCAUGAACCGCCGCGAAAGAUUGUUCGACCGUUCCGUGAUGUGUCCUUAGCAGCACCGAUGUGCUCAACACUAGGUGGUAUGGCUCUGAAUGCGGCUCCCGAUCUGGAACUGUACAGUAAGACGCUGCCUGAACCGGGAAUGCAUAACAGUGACGACGAACCUCACAAGAAGAAAUACGCCAAAGAAUCAUGGCCAGGACGAAAACCGAUGUCAGGCAUCUUGUAG